UCCCGUUACGUGCAAUGCCAGGAAAGCUAAUACAAGGUCCGGAGAAGGCCACCCACCCGGUCAUCUGGUGCUUGGCCAUCGUUUGCACGGUGGUGGCGAUCGCAGUCAUCAUAACGGGGCUUGUGGUGUUUGUGGGCUACUUAGUAAUCCACCCCAGCGUCCCCAUCAUCAGCGUCGUCUCCGCUCAUCUGGACAAGCUCCAAAACGACAUCGCCGGACUCCUCGAGGCAGAGCUCACCGUUGUCGUGAAAGCCGAAAACGAAAACGCCAAGGCUCAUGCCAGCUUCAGCGACACUUCUUUCUUUCUUAGCUUCCAAGGCAUCGUCAUUGCAAAGCUCGUUGCCGAACCCUUUGAGGUGGCUAAGAAUGAUUCUUUACAACUCCCUUACAAAGUGCUUUCCUCUUCUAUUCCUCUUAAUCCUGAGGAAAUGCAGCAAGUGGACAUGGCCUUAAAGGAUGACCGGAUUACGUUUGAUCUAAAGGGCCAUUCCAGGGCCCGCUGGAGGGUGGGCCUAUUGGGCUCUGUCAAGUUCUGGUGUAACUUGAAUUGUCAGCUCAAGUUUCAUCCUUUGACUGGUUCUUACAUGAGCUCACCUUGUACUUCAAGGGCCAAAUAA